AUGGUGAUAAUCGAUCACCCUUUUUCGUCCAAAGGUCUCUUGGGGGAUCGAUCACCCUUCCAUCCAGAAGGAGAACCAGGAGCAGAAUCAAAAUUUAAGGAGAUUAGUAAUGCUUGUGAGGUUUUGUCAGACGAUGAGAAACGUUCUAUAUAUGACAGAUACGGGGAGAGGGUGGGAAACUUUCCUGAUGGACAAGUUGUAGCAAUAAAAAGGCUUUCAACGAGUUCAAGACAAGGAUUAAUGGAGUUCAAGAAUGAGAUUUUACUCAUCGUCAAGCUCCAACACAAUAAUCUUGUUAGGUUUUUGGGAUGUUCCAUUGAAGGGGAAGAAAAGCUGCUAAUCUAUGAGUACAUGCCCAAGAAAAGCCUGGAUUCCUUCUUAUUCGAUCCUAGUAAAAGGUCAUCCUUAGAUUGGAAAAAUCGUCUCAACAUCAUCGAAAGGAUUGCUCAAGGACUUCUUUACCUUCACAAGUAUUCAAGAUUGAGAAUAAUCCAUAGAGCUUUAAAAGCCAGUAAUAUAUUACUUGAUGAAAAAAUGAACCCAAAAAUAUUAGAUUUUGGCCUGGCUAGAAUAUUUGGGGAGAAUGAAUCUGCAGCAAACACAAAGAGGGUUAUCGGAACAUAG